AUGGCGUCGCGUGUGAAAUUCCACCUGAACGAAGACAACGCGAUCCCGGAGAGUCACCCGGAGUGCACCGCGUGGAUGGUGCGGCGGCUCUGCGAAGAGCUGCAGUGUGACGUGGACGACAUCACCAGCAAGCACCUCCGCCUCAUCAACGAGUUCCUCGUCGGCGAUGAAGAGCUGCACACACUCUUCUGCUACUACCGUGGCGUGGUGGUGGAGGAGGUCGGCGACGGGGACGAGUUCGCUGCGCCCAAAAAUCGAACCGAAACGUUCGUAGCAGAGCUAUGCGUUGUGGACAGCGUGCCCGCCAUCUCCGAGCGGGGCGCGGUGGACGGCAUGUGCCUUGACUCCCUUUACUUUGUGCGGCUCGACCCCGAUAGGCUCAUCGUGCCGGAGAACAUCGACACUGCCGUCGCGUGGGGCGUGUGCCGCGGCGCCAGCCUGCUGGACGGCUUCCUGCGCACGCUGCAGUUUGUGCUGACGCCGACGCUGCUGCAGAAUCGCUGGCCCGACAGUAUCGAGAAGGAUGUGCACGCCUCGAUACACCGUUUUAUGGCCGCCAUGACGGAGAACGUCAAUCGCCUCAAGGGGCGCACCGUGCUGUACGUGCCGAGCGAUCUCACCACAGGUGUCUCCAUCGUCGGGGCGCACCUUGACCGUGAGCUUGUGCAGCGCUUUGAGGCGGCCGUCAUCCACUGGACGCGGCAGAUCAAGGAGGUUGUUGGCGACAAGGACGCUGGCCUCAGCGGCGAGGCGGCGGGGCCGCUGGAAGAGAUUGCGUACUGGCGUUCGCGGGCUCGCGACUUGGGCAACAUCCGCGCGCAGCUCAACCGCUCCGACGUCGCCGGCAUCGUGCGGGUGCUGAAGGAGGCCAAGUCCUUCUACUAUCUCGAGCCGUUCCUCAACCUGCGCGCCGACAUCGAGAAGGGCACGGAGGAGGCCUUUGACAAUCUGCGCUUUCUAAACACGCUGCUGGAGCCGUGCACGAAGCUCUCACGCGCCGAGCCCAAAUCCAUUCCAGCGCUGAUUCCUGAUGUACUUAUUCACGCGCAGCUUAUACUCAUCUACUCCAAGAGCUAUAAAAAGGAACGCUUCUUCCGCCUCCUCCGCAUGAUCUCCAACGAGAUCAUCUACCGCUGCAGCCAGAAGAUUGAUGUGCCAGCCAUCCUUAGUGGCGACGUUGCGGACAGCAUGGUGGCGCUGCAGCACAGCGUUGCCGCUGGAGAGGCGUGGAUUCGGGAAUGCCACAAGAUGCUCGCCGCAACACGCAAACGCUUCAAGGUAGAGAAGGGUGAGAAACUCGAUGUGGAUGAAUCAUUUCUCAAUGAAAUUGAUGGUUUUGUGCGUCACCGCUGCCAGAACCUGCACGAGAUCUGCAAGGCGCAGCUACAGUUUGGCUUCAAAGGGGUCCGGCAGGAUCAGCGCCGCUUGUCCGAUCGCGGCGCCGGCAGCCGACACACGCGCGGCUCACGCAACGCCUCGGGGGAAGAGCGGCGCGGGGGCGCUGGCGGUGAGGCCUCGUACGGAGUGCCAAUUGAGGUAAAGGAGUUAGACCACCCGGUAAAAACCGUGGAGAACCUCUUCGCCGGGCGGCUGCCAAUAUUCAGUGGCAGCAAGGGACCGGAGAUUGAGUCGCAGCUGCUCGACAUUCAGCGCGCCUUCAAGGGUAAAAUGGAGAUGUUGCGCCGGCUCGACUACGACAUCCUUGACGUGAAGUCCACACGCUGGGUUGAUGACUUCCGUGCGCUAAAGGCAGAUAUUGACAAUCUUUCCAUGAUGCUGCAACAAAUAAUUACGGCUGCAUUCGACAGAUUCAGCACAACGGAGAUGGGCGCAGAGUACAUUGAAGCCUUCUACCUCGUUGCGGAGAGUGAGGAGCUGUUGUUGCAACUUGACCGUAGCAAAGACCGCGUCUUUCGUUUAGUAGGUGAAGCUGUCGCGAUGGUGCAGGGAAAAUUGCAGCGGUACUUUAACAAGGCCCCGCCCAUCUUUUAUCUACAUCCACCUAUCGCCGGUCAUGCGAUGUGGGCGGAGAAUCACGCAUUCCUGUUGGAGAGCAGCAUGAACGUGCUCAGCCGUUGCUACUACUUGCGCGACUCCCAUGAAUCCACGGAUGUCCUGCUGGUGUUUGACCGCCUUGACCGCUCACUGCGGGAUACGGUGCGGCAGAGGUAUGUGGAAUGGAAAACAGACCUGCCGUCGAAUCCUGGCGAGUACCUUGACCGCUUCCUCAUUACAAAACGGGCCAACGGCCCCAAGUACGCCCCUGCCUUGUACGAUGUGAAUUUUGCACCGGAGCUGCUGCUUCUGUUUGCUGAGGCACGCUACUGGCAGAGCUUGGGUGAGUCUAUUCCCCCGCAGAUCACCGACAUUGUGUCAAAGGAAGAGCGGCUGCGCGUAUUCCGCGAGAGCGUGGCGUUGGCAGUGCGGGCGCAUAACAAUGUCAUCCUCUCACUUACCAAAGAGGAGUGCCGCCUCUUUGCGUUGCGGCUCAACUUCUUGGAGAGCAAGUACAUGCCUGGCAUGGCACGGCUGUGGUGGAACUCGCAAGGCAUCGUCGAGUACUUUGUGCGGGAGUGCCGCCAGCAGGCGGAGCGAAUCCAGUACGUUGUGGAUGAGUUCAAAUACGGCGCCGAAUACGUUGACCACCACUGCAGAGUCAUCGCUGACACUGUCGCCGUCAUCUUCGAGAAGAAGAAGGUGUACACUAUUGAGGCCUUCGUGGAGAAGCAGAAGUGCCACCGUGAGGCAGUGCUGGAGAAGCUGCAGAACAUCCAUCAGCGAUUGGUGCAGAAGUUGUACGAACUGUUGAGUUACUUCCGCGAGGAUUACAUGCAGGAUGAGUCAGUGCGUGUAGAGUGGCACCGGUUCGUGGCGAAGGUGGAGCUCAAGGUGGAGGAGGCGCUGCGCACUAUGGUGAAACGGUCACUGCAGACCGUGGAGCGGGCGCUUCCCCUUGAGCCCUCUGAGGACCGCAUGGAGGAGAAGGUCUUCAGGCUCGACGUCGUUAUCACGGUGGCCGGCGACACAAAGCCGCACAUUGAGUCCGUGCCGUCGGUGAAGGAGUUGAGCUAUCAGGUGAAUGAUAUGUGCAAGGAGAUCAUCGGCAUUGUGAAGCACAUACCCCGCCUGGAGGAGUCCAUGAAAGCCUACGUGGGGAAGGAGACGCCAGAGGAGAAUGACGCACUCAAGCGGAUUCAGCUCGAUUACACGAACCCAAAUGAGGACAGCGUCGCACUGCGCGGUACCUAUUUUGAGUACAUGACCAGUGAGCAGGAUGCGAUUCAUUGCCUGCGCCGUAUUCGUGAGUCCUUCGAUGCACUGGAAGAGAAGGUACGGGACAAGUUGAGCCAAACAUGGCAGCUGCAUCAGUCAGGAACGACCGACAGCCUCUGGACAACACAGAAGCAAGAUCGCCGUAUCAAACAGGGUUGGCGGCUUGAGGACUACCGCAUCCACAUGGACCACGUUGCGCAGCGGCGUGAGGGUAUCAACAAACAGGAGACUUUUACGGACGUCUUAUUCCUGCAGCUUGACUUUACAAAGAUGAAGGAGACUUUCCGUGUGCAGUGCCAGCUGGUAAUUAAGCACUACCACAGUCUGCUGUACGCCGACGCCAAGGAAGAGAUGGAUCGCAUCUACAAAAACUUCAUCACAACUGUGCAAGCACUUACAAGGGAGCCGCAGACGCUUGACGAGCUCGGUGAUCAGAUAAAAAGAUGCACUGCAGCCGUGGAGUCACUGCCUGAGAUCUCCGCAAAGUUUGGCCCUGUCGCGGACACCUUUGUCCUCAUCACGAACGAUCUGUACAACCACGGAAGUGUCGAUCCGGAGGACGUGCGCCGCUGUGAGGGGUUACCAGUUGCCUUUGAGGCGUACUCGGACCAGCUCGCCAAGGCACGACAGCUGCUUGCCAAGUACAAGGAGCAGUUUCGUCAUGACUUGGAGACAGACUUGCGUGCGCUCGUGUCAAAUUCCUUCGCUCUGCGGCAGAAGGUGCAGGAUGAAGGGCCGCGGACGUACGCCUUCACCACAGCGAAUGCGUUUGCGCAGUUGGGUUUGCUUGACGGCCGUGCGAAGGAGCUGCGCGAUACGGAGGCGAGUCUGCGGCAUGGCAUUGAGAUCUUCCACUUGGAGAGCCCGCCGCUCGAUGACCUGGCGGCGGCUGAAGCAGAUCUGCGGGUUCUGCGGACCAUCUGGACUCUCUGCGAUGAGUGGCGUACACAGAGCCGCAAGUGGCGCACAAUGUAUUUCAUGCAGCUCAACAGCGAGGAAAUGCUGGAUGUGUCCGAGCGUAUUCGCAGGGAGGUGCUGCGGCUGCGCGGGGAGCUGCAGGUCACCGAUGUGUGGGUGAAGCUAAAGGAGGAAGUGGAACUGAUGAAGCGGCUGCUACCGAUUGUAGAUGAUCUCCGCACUCCUGCGAUACGCCCGCGCCACUGGGAAUUUCUGAAGGUGCAGCUCGACGCCAACUUCGACAUCAACGACGAUAAGUUCUGCCUGAACGACUUGAUGGAGGCGCGUGUGGAGGCACAGGCAGAGUUUGUCGUAAAUCUCGCCACCUCCGCACGUGAGGAAAUGAAGAUUGAGGUUGACCUGGAGAAGAUACGUACCUUCUGGGAUGAUACAACGCUGACAAUCGAGCCACACCGCGGAUACCACAAGAUAUCUGGCGUGGAUGACAUCAACAAUGUCCUCGCCGAGCACCUCGCCAUGCUGAGCGCGAUGAAGAUGUCACGUUUCGUGGACAGUUUCCGGCCAAAGGUGGUACAGUGGGAGCAGACGCUGUCGAUGGCUACCGACACCAUCGAGGCGCUGCUGACGGUGCAGACGAAGUGGAUGUAUCUGGAAAAUAUCUUCAUUGGUAGUGAGGAUAUCAAGCGCAAGCUCGCUGCGGAGUCAAGGAAGUUCGACAGUGUGCACUCGCAGUGGCUGUCGAUCAUAUCACGUCUCAUAAACGACCCCAACGUUGUGCGGGGGACGCGGCGCGAUGGGUUGAUGGAGCAACUUAACGGUAUGAACACCGACCUGGAAAUGAUACAGAAGAGCCUUGAGGGAUUCCUUGAGGAUCGCCGCCGUGUGUUCCCGCGCUUCUACUUCCUCUCAAAUGAUGAUCUGCUGGAGAUACUUGGUCAUACAAAGGAGCCGGCGAAGGUCCAGCCGCAACUGCGCAAGUGUUUUGAAGGGCUCUACCAGUUAACGCUCAAGACGGUGCGGCAGAAGGUCACAGCCGAGGCGAUGUCGUCGUCGGAUGGUGAGACUGUCGCGUUCACCCCGCCAGUCUUGGUGGAGGGUGUGCCAGUGGAGACGUGGCUUCGGCGUGUAGAGAUGAAGAUGCGGGAGAUGAUGCAGAAGCGCAUCAACCUCACACUGGAAGAUCUGCAGAAGAAUGUCUUUGACGCGAAGAAGCCGAUUAAACGUGAUAACCUCAAGGCAUGGGUGGAGCGUAACGAGGGCCAAUCACUCAUCACUGCCGCCUGCAUCAACUGGACACUGCUGACAGAGCUUGCCAUCAUGGAGUACGGUGAGCUACACGCUGAUGGACUCAGCCUACAGCGCCGCAAGGCUUCUCCACUGUACAAGGUGUACAAGCGAUGGAAGGGACUCAUCAAGAAGUACUGCCAGCUAGUGCGCCAGCCUCAGAGCCGGAUGCAACGUAAUAAACUCGUCGCAGUAAUCACAAUAGAGGUGCACUCCCGCGACAUCCUCCGCCAAGUGCUCGCCUUACGCGUGCAUCAGGAGGAUGACUUUGAAUGGUCACGGCAGCUGCGCUUCUACAAGGAGGAUGACGAUACUGCCGAGCGGCCUCAGGAUGCGGCAAAAGUAUGCAUUGUGCGGCAAGCCUCUGCAACUGUGCGCUACGACUACGAGUAUCUCGGCAACAGCGGUCGUCUCGUCGUGACAGGGCUAACAGACCGCGCGUACAUGACACUCACGACAGCUCUGCAGCUGCACCGUGGCGGCCUCCCACAAGGGCCAGCAGGAACUGGCAAGACAGAGACAGUGAAGGACCUCGGCAAGGCGAUUGGUAAGUAUGUCAUGGUGUUCAAUUGCUCCGAUGGCCUCGACUACAAAUCGGUGGGGCGUAUGCUGAGCGGUAUUGCGCAGACAGGAUCAUGGUCGUGCUUUGAUGAGUUCAACCGUAUUGAGGUGGAGGUGUUGUCAGUGGUGGCGCAGCAGAUUUUGUCAAUCCUCACUGCAGUGGCGGAGCGCAAGUCACACUUCCUCUUUGAGGGCUCUGAUAUCCCGCUCAACAUGAACUGCGGUCUCUUUGUGACGAUGAACCCUGGAUACGCAGGUCGAUCUGAGCUGCCCGAUAACCUCAAGGCGCUUUUGCGGCCCAUCUCAAUGAUGGUGCCUGAUUUUGCCCUCAUCUGCGAGAUCACACUUCUCUCUGAAGGCUUCGAAGAGUCGGAGGUGUUGUCGAAGAAGGUGUCGAUUCUGUACGAGUUAAUGGAGAAGCAGUUGUCAAAGCAGGAUCACUACGACUUCUCCCUGCGUAACAUCAAGGCGGUGCUUGUUCAGGCGGGUAAUCUAAAGCGGGAGGACUUCCCUGGCACAGAGUCACAGCUCUGUCUCAAGGCGAUGAGCGACAUGAACUUGCCAAAGUUCAUCAAGGAGGAUGUACCGCUGUUCCUCGGCAUGUUGAGUGACCUGUUCCCUGGCGUGCAGCCGGAGGAAAGUGGCCUCGACAAACUCCGCGAGGCGUCAGAGAAGGAGCUACAGGAGGAGGGCCUCGAGGUGAGCAUGCAUAUUGUGACCAAGACGCUGCAGCUGUGGGAUACGCUACGCACCCGUCAUGGUGUGAUGGUUGUCGGGCAGACGGGUUCCGGUAAGACAGUGACCUGGCGUAACUUGAGCGGUGCGCUGCGGCGACUGAAGGAGUCCAACGUGGAGGCUGGGCUGUACGAGCCGGUCCGUGUCACACUUCUGAACCCUAAGUCGGUCACAAUGGAUGAGCUGUACGGCAGCUACAACCAGGCCACACGUGAGUGGAAGGAUGGUAUUCUCUCCGAAAUUAUGCGGCAGAUCUGUCGUGACGUGACGGACCCUACAUACAAGUGGAUGCUUUUCGACGGGCCUGUUGACACCCUCUGGAUUGAAUCCAUGAAUACCGUGCUGGAUGAUAACAAGAUGCUGACGCUUAACUCCGGCGAGCGUAUUGCACUUAACCCGACGGUGCGCAUGCUCUUUGAGGUGCAGGACCUCUCGCAGGCCUCACCCGCCACCGUCUCGCGCUGUGGCAUGGUGUACUUCAGUGUGGAGGAUCUCGGCUGGAGGCCGUUCGUCAAGACGUGGCUUAAGUCACGCUGGAAGUUCGAAAUUUCUAUGGGGGCCCCGCGGCCGGACGACACCAUCCAGGACCUACAGGAGUACAUCAACACAACCCUUACCCGCGUGCUGGAGUACCGACGUGCGGAGUGCGUGGAGUUAUUCCCCACCUCAAUCCUCAAUGUUGUACGCUCCUUUACUCGCAUGUUUGACGCGCUCGCGAGUGUGGAUGCGGCGCCGUGUGUGCCAGGCGGGAAUGCGUACGCCACCUCGCACGCGGGCGAGAGUUAUCUCCCGCAGCUGCGCAUUAUGGCGACCUUCUGUCUCAUGUGGUCCGCCGGCGGCUCCCUCACGGUGGAGUCGCGACAGAAACUCGAUGCCUUCAUCCGUGAGUUGGACUCGUCAUUCCCGUCGACGGAGACGAUCUUUGAGUAUUUCCCCGACCUCGCUACACUCCAGUGGAAGAACUGGGAGGACCACACGGACCUGCAGAAGCCGUUCAUACCACCACCCGGCACCCCAUACCACCAUCAGAUUGUGCCAACUGUUGACACGGUUCGCUACCAGUACAUUGUUAGCGAGCUUGUGCGCAGCCAGGUGCAGCUGGUGCUGGUGGGCAACACUGGCACGGGUAAGUCACUCAUUGCACGACAGGUGAUGCGCGGCCUCAGCAACGAUACACACGUCACAACGCAGUUGAACUUCUCCGCCCAGACCACAGCCAAAAAUGUUCAGGAUAUCAUCGAAGGCCGUAUGGAGCACAAGUCAAAGAAGGUCUGCUGCCCACCUGGGGGACGGCGCAUGAUUUGCCUCGUCGAGGACCUCAACAUGCCGGCUAGGGAGAAGUUUGGCGCCCAGCCACCACUGGAGCUUCUCCGGCAGUGGAUUGAUAACGGUUUCUGGUAUGACCGCAACACACGCUCACGUCGGCAGGUAAAUGACUUACAGCUACUCUGCUGCAUGACGUACGGCCGCCCUGAUAUCACGCCACGUUUGAUGAACAAACUGAACGUAUUCAACAUCACAUUCCCGUCCGAAUCGAUUAUAACAAAGAUCUUUACCGCCAUUCUCUCUCACCGGCUUGAGAAGUACCCUGAGUUGCACAAACUUGUUGAUGCAGUCGUCAANGCAACGUUGCAGACGUACCAGAAGGUGUCGAGUGACCUGCUGCCGAUUCCAAGCAAGUCUCACUACCUGUUCAACCUUCGGGACCUAAGCAAGGUGUUCCAGGGUAUCUACGGCUGCUACAUGGAAGGCCUGCAGUGUAAAGAGCACAUGGUGGCGCUAUGGGCGCACGAAUGCUUCCGCGUCUUCUCGGAUCGCAUGAACGACCCGAAUGACAAGCUUUGGUUCCGCAACCUCAUCUACGACAGACUCGCAAAUGUGUUCCAGACAAAGUGGAGCAACAUUAUGCGGGCACGAUCACGUGAGGCACGCGGGCAGCCCCUCAAUGAGAAUGAGAACCCGCUCUUCGUCGAUUUCUGGGAUGGUGAGUACGACGAGAUGGCAAAGUACAAACUCGUGCCGUCGAUGGAGGCGCUGCGCGACAAGGUGGAGGAGGGUCUGGAGCUCUACAAUGGCGAGCCGGGCGCGCGGCAGAUGAAUCUCGUCUUCUUCACCGACGCACUGGAGCAUUUGUGCCGCAUUCACCGCAUCAUUCGACAGCCGCGCGGCAAUGCGCUGCUCGUUGGCCUCGGCGGAAGCGGCCGCUACUCACUGACGCGACUCGCCGCAUACCUCGCCGGAUACACCAUCUUCUCCAUUGAAAUCCACAAGAAGUACGACUCGGACCGCUUCCACGAGGACCUGCGCUCCCUCUACAAGGCGUGCGGGCUGAAGAUGCAGCAGAAGGUGUUUUACUUCUCAGACAAUCAGAUCAUGCAGCCUUCCUUUCUUGAGGACCUCAACAACAUGCUCUCCACGGGUGAGGUGCCGAACCUCUUUCCAAAGGACGAGCUACAGAACAUACGCGACGCGGUGUACAAGCAGGCUAUCACCAGUGGCUGCCGUGACACCAUGGAUGAGAUGUACAACUUCUUCAUUGACCGUGCACGCGUGAAUCUGCACCUUGUUGUCGCCAUGUCUCCUGCACACAAGCUCUUCCGCGCGCGUCUUCGGCAGUUCCCGGCAUUGGUGUCAUGUACUUCCAUCGACUGGUUCGUCGAGUGGCCAAACGAGGCGCUGCGCGAGGUGGGCUUGCGCUACCUUGAAGAGACACGCGAGAACACCGAGACGGAGGAGCAUCUUGCCCUCAUUGCGGAUGUCUUUGUGCACAUGCACGACACCACCAGCGCCACAUCACAGGAGAUGCUGGAACAGAUACGACGGUACAACUAUGUGACGCCAUCCUCCUACUUGGACCUGGUGCGCGGCUUCCGCAAGCUCUUUACGCAGAAGCGAGAGGAUAUACUUGAGCAGCGUGACAAACUUGCCAAUGGUAUGGCCAAGCUCGAGGAAACCAAACAGGCAGUGAGUAAGAUGACGGAGGAACUCAAGGUGCAAGACGCGAAGCUUCAGGAGAAGACGCAGGAAGUGAACCGCGCGACAGAGAGCAUUCAGGUGCAGCAGCAGAACGCGGAGGAGCAGCAGAGCAUGCUCGCCUCUGAGAAGGUAAAGAUUGAGCAGACAAAGCGGGCGGCACUUGCUGAUCAAGCCGAGGCGCAAGCAGACUUGGACCGUGCGAUGCCAACACUCCUUGAGGCACAGGCCGCACUUGACAAACUCGACAAAAGCGAUAUCAAUGAAAUCAAGUCUUAUAAAACACCAGCUGUGAUGAUUAGAACGGUGAUGGAGGCCGUGCAAACGACUCUUCGCCGCAAGCUCGACUGGGAUGAGGCGAAGAAGUCUCUGGGUGAACCCAAGUUUAUUGACAUGCUGAAACACUACCAUGAGAACAACGAUAUGACGGACCAGCGGCUGCUUGACAAGAUCGAAAAGUAUGUUAAGCGGCCUGACUUCACACCGGCGGCGGCAAGUGUGGUGUCCAAGGCAGCUGGUGGUCUCUGCCAGUGGGUUAUUGCGAUUCACAAGUACGGCAACAUCUACAAGGAGGUGCACCCUAAGAUCCUUAAGAAUGAGAAUGCGCAGCAGAAGGUGCGGGCUCAGGAGGAGAUGCUGCGGCAGAAGGAGGAUAAACUCCAGCGCAUCAUGGAUGAGGUGAAACAGCUCGAGCUCGCACUGCAGUCGAACAUUGACGAAAAAACGCGACUCAUAUUGGAGGCGAAAGAGACGCAGAUGAAACUGAACCGCGCCUGCAUCAUCGUCGACGGUCUCGAGGGUGAGCGCGACCGCUGGAUUGAGUCUAUCGCCCGCUACGAGGCGGCACUUGGUAACCUUGUUGGCGACACUCUCCUCGCCUGCGGCUUCCUUUGCUACGCUGGCGCCUUCAUUGCCGACUACAGGCAGAAGCUGUGGCUCAGCUGGGUGAAGGAGAUCAAACGGCUACAGAUUCCAAUGACGAAGAACUUUGACUUUGUUGACUUCCUCGUUGACCCGACGGAGGUGCGCGACUGGCAGCAGGCUGGGCUUCCCGGUGACGACUUCAGCAGGGAGAAUGGUGCGGUGGUGAUGUGCGGCACCCGGUGGCCGCUCAUGAUUGACCCGCAGCUGCAGGCAAUAAAGUGGAUUAAGCGCAUGGAGAAGGACUCUGGGCUGAAGAUCAUUGACCAGAAGCAGUCGGACUUCCAGAAGACUGUUGAAUACGCGGUACAGUUCGGCUGCCCGCUGUUGCUCCAGGAUGUGCUGGAGGACAUUGACCAGCUUCUCGACUCUGUGCUUUCCAAGACAAUUGUGCGCAAGGGCACGAAGUCGAUGAUGAAAAUUGGUGACAACUACGUGGAAUACAAUGAGAGCUUCAAACUGUACAUCACAACACGUUUGUCGAAUCCGCACUACACGCCUGAGACAUGUACAAAGGUGUGUCUGCUCAACUUUGCUGUCCGCGAGACGGGGCUAGAGGAACAGCUGCUGAAGAUUGUGGUGGAGAAGGAGAAGCCGGAGCUGGAGCACGAGAACGAGCAGCUCAUUCUUGACACGGCGGCUGCAAAGAAGGAGACGAAGCGGCUUGAGGAUGAAAUUCUUAACUUGCUCUCCAUCUCGCAGGUAUCGUUGUUGGAGAACCAGAAGCUUGUUGACACCCUACAGUCUGCGAAGGUCACUGCUGCGAACAUUAAGCAGCAACUGAAGGAGGCAGAGGUCACAUCGGAGAAGAUUCAGAGUGCGCGUGAGCAGUACCGAGAGUGCGCCCGACGUGCGUCGAUUCUCUUCUUUGUGCUUGCCGACCUUGGCUCGAUUGAUGCCAUGUACCAAUUCGCACUUGACUCGUACAUCAUCCUCUUCCAGGGCAGUAUCAAGCGCUCCUCGGAGAAGAUUUCCACCCACACACUGGAGGAGCGGGUGAAUACGCUCAACGACUGGCACACCAACGCUGUGUACGCGAAUACAUGUCGUGGUCUCUUUGAAAAGCACAAGCUGCUAUUCGCUUUCCACAUGACAAUACGCAUUCUGCAGGCGGAGGGCCGCGUGAACCUGGAGGAGUACGUCUUCCUCAUGCGGGGUGGGCAGGUGCUAGAUAAGCAGGGCCACCUGCCUAACCCUGCGCCGUCGUGGCUGUCGGAACGUGCGUGGAGUCACAUUCUUGAGCUGGACAAAUUGACCAACUUCCACGGCGUGGCAACCUCCUUCGAACAGUCACAGGAAUCGUGGCGCAGCUGGUUCCUGCAGGAGAACCCAGAAGAUGCGGAGCUGCCCGAGGAGUGGCAGUCCCGCACCGCAGACAACUACAUUCAGCGCAUGAUCUUUGUGCGGUGUCUCCGUCCUGACCGUGUUGUCUUCAUGGUGUAUGAGUUCAUUGAGAAGCAGCUGGGCAGCCAGUUCGUCGACCCGCCGCCUUUCAACCUCAAGGAUACAUUUGAGGAGAGUGCGAACGUCGUGCCACUCGUCUUUGUGUUGUCGCCUGGUGUAGACCCGACAACGCAGCUGGCGGCACUCGCCCAACACGAGGGGCGAGGUCUCAAGACUCUCGCGCUCGGUCAGGGACAAGGCGACAACGCGAAGCGCGCCAUUCAGGAGUGUGCGCAGACAGGCGGUUGGGUGUUCCUUGCAAAUUGCCACUUGAUGGUGUCGUGGCUUGUAGAGCUAGAGAAGAUCAUUGAGGACCUAUCGGAGCAGCGGCCACACAACGAGUUCCGCCUGUGGCUCAGUUCCGUGCCGACACCGCAGUUCCCCAUCGGCAUCCUGCAGAAGGCAAUCAAGAUGACAACAGAGCCACCGACUGGCAUUAAGGCGAACAUGAUGCGUCUGUACAAUCAGUUCUCGGACGAGCAAUUCAUUGAGCACUCUGGUAACAAUCCACAUUACUACCACAGUCUUCUCUUUUCACUGUGCUUCUUCCACUCGGUGUUGCUGGAGCGUCGCAAGUUUGGCAACCUCGGUUACAAUGUCGUCUACGACUUUACCUCCUCAGACUUUGAGGUCUCAGAGAACAUUAUUGCACUCUACGUAAACAAUAUGCCGAGUGAACGUGUGGAGGACAUCCCGUUCGUGACAAUCCGCUACCUCAUCGCUGAGGCUUCUUACGGUGGGCGUGUUACCGACGAUUGGGACCGCCGUGUGCUGAACACGUACAUGGCACAGUUCAUGUGCGAUGCGAUUGUGGCAGAGGAUCGUUAUCCUCUUUCUGCUGCUGCGGAGUACUACAUCCCAGCCGAGGCGACUACCCUGCAGUCGUACAAGGAUGAAUGCAUGCAACUGCCUAUCACAGACCCACCAGAGGCCUUUGGGCAGCAUGCAAACGCCGAUAUUGCCAGUCGCGUGGCGGAGUCCACAAUGCUGCUGGAGAAUCUCAUUAGCGUUAACACGACAUUGGCGCGAAGUGGCACCUCAAGUUCGAGUUCGGUGAAGGUUGUCUCGGAGGAGGCGCGGUGCCUUGAGAUCCUCGCAUCACUCGAGGAGCCAAGUAAGGCUGCAAUUCCACCACUCAUCGACUACGACGCUGUAUACGAGUCGGUAAAGGAAGACUCGAACAAUGCUCUCAACACCUGCCUUCUGCAGGAAAUUCAGCGGUAUAACAUGCUUCUGCGCAAGGUCAAAGCGCAGAAGAAGGAGCUUCGCCGUGCAGUGAAGGGUGAGGUGGUCAUGACGGACGAGCUCGAGGCGGUUUUUACUGCAUUGCUUCUGGGUCGUGUGCCGUUGUCUUGGACAAGCGCGUACCCGAGCGUGAAGCCCCUAGCCAGCUGGUCUGUCGACCUCGUGGAGCGUGUGGAUCAGAUGAAGCAGUGGGGGCAGCGUGUGCCGAAUGUCUUCUGGCUCUCCGGCUUCACGUACCCCACCGGGUUCCUAAAGAGUCUACAGCAACAGCAGGCACGUCACGAUCACAUCUCCAUCGACCAGUACACAUGGGAGUUUAAUGUCCUCCCGAGCGAAGAGCGCACCAUCGUGCAUCGCGCCAAGAAGGGUGCGUACGUGCGGGGCAUUUACCUCGAGGGCGCCGGCUGGAAUGAAGAGACCAACACGCUGUGCGAGCCAAGACCGCUUGAGCUGAUUGUUUCAAUGCCGAUUAUUCACUUCAAGCCCAAGCUGCGUGAUAGCAAGCCGCGGCCGCCGAACAUGUACGAGUGCCCGCUGUACAUGUACCCCGUCCGCACCGGCACGCGUGAGCGGCCGUCCUUCGUUGUGGCGGUGGAUCUUGAGUCCGGUGACGCGGUGCCGGAGCACUACACAAAGCGGGGCACGGCGCUGCUGCUGUCCACUGACGAGUAG